CAUUGUGGGUAUGGUAAGCGGAAGUGCUUCGGGACGUCGUGGUAGAGAAGCGAGUUGUUGUCGUGUUUUGUUGUUUUGGGGGGUUUUAUUGGAGUUUUUUUUUGUUUUUACGGAUGCGGGGCGAAGAGUCGUCCGAUUCUGAGUCGGGCAGGAUGGAGGAGAGCUCGGUUCGGAGGAGCCUGGAGACUCUGUGCCAGGAACUGAACAUGGACGAGCAGACAGCCUCAGAAACACUGGAGAACUUCACUGCCAUCUGGAACACAUACACCCUGGAGGGGGAGGUGGUGCACUGGUUGGCCUGCUCUCUGUACGCUGCCUGCAGGAAGGGCUCCACUCCCACCGUGGGUAAAGGACUGAUGGAGGGAAACUGCGUGUCUCUCACCAGGAUCCUCCGCACCGCCAAACUCAGUCUGAUCCAGUUCUUCUCUAAGAUGAGGAAGUGGGCCGACAUGUCGAGCCUCUCUCAGGACUUCCGGCUGCGCAUGGAUCGACUCGAGAGGAACUUCGAGGUCUCGACCGUCAUCUUCCGCAAGUUUGAGCCCAUCUUCAUGGACAUGUUUCAAAACCCGCAGGGGGGGGAGCCGCCUCGACAGCCACGCAGCAGGAAGCACAGGAGGUUGCCGUGUCACAUCAGCGAUGUGUUCAAGUUCUGCUGGACUCUGUUUGUCUACACAAAAGGUAACUUCCGUAUGAUCGGAGACGACCUGGUGAACUCGUACCACCUGCUGCUCUGCUGCCUGGACCUGGUGUUCGGAAACGCUCUGCUCUGCGCCAACAGGAAGGACCUCAUCAACCCCACCUUCAGAGGCCUGCCUGCUCUGUACCGCGCUGACGGCCACGUGUCUCCGGACCAGCCCCCCCCCUGUGUGUUGGAGCGUCUCUGUGAGCUGCACGACGGCCUGGUGGUCGAGGCCAAGGGGAUCAAACAGCACUACUUCAAACCAUACAUCCAGAAACUGUACCAGAAACAGAUCCUGAGAGGAAACGAGGAUAAUUUGACCGAGCUGUUGGACCCUCAGAGCUUCAUCGAUAACAACAAAGCCAUAAACAGGGAGUAUGAGGAGUACGUUCUGACGGUGGGAGAUUUCGACGAGCGAGUGUUUCUCGGUGCCGACGCUGACGAGGAAAUCGGGACGCCGAGGAAAACCGUCCAGGAAACGUCUGCGAGCCGAAACAACGCUCAGAGUCAGAUGAAGCAACACGUGGAGAAGUCGGCCUCUCUCGCCCCCUCCACCCCUCUCACAGGGCGGGUAUAUCUGAAGGAGAAGGAUCUGCUCGUCACUCCCGUUUCCUCGGCAACGCAGAGUGUCAGCCGGCUGCAGAGCAUGGUGUCCGGUCUGAGGACGGCGCCGAGCGAAAACAUGCUGCAGGUCUUCAGGUCGUGCUCCAGAAAUCCCACCGAGUCGCUGCUGGCCAGAGUCAAGACCCUCGGACAGACGUUCAAAGAACAUUACACCAACGACUCAGAGGACAUGCCCGGAUCUCAUAUAGAUUUUGCAGAGAAUCGUCUGAAGCUGGCAGAGAUCCUCUACUACAAAGUCCUGGAGAACGUCAUGGUGCAGGAGACCAAGCGCCUGCCUGGAAAAGACAUGAGUGUGUUAUUGGAGCAGGAUAUGUUCCACUGCUCUCUGAUGGCGUGUUGUCUGGAGGUCGUUCUGUUCUCCUACAGCUCCCAGAGGACCUUCCCCUGGAUCAUCAACAUCUUCAAACUCACACCCUUCUACUUCUUUAAGGUGAUCGAGGUGUUCAUCCGCUCGGAGGAAGGCCUCUCCAGAGACAUGGUGAAGCACCUGAACCUGAUCGAGGAGCAGGUGCUCGACAGCAGGGCCUGGAGCGCAGACUCUGCCCUCUGGAGCGUCUUGCAGGCUGCAGGCAACAAAGUGCCCACAGUGGAGGAGGUGAAUUUCUCCUCCAGUCUGGACACCGGUUCAGGUCCUGGCUCCAGUGGAGUUCAGUCUCACCUCCCGAUGCUCGCCCUCUCUCCCAUCAUCCACCCCCGCAUCCGAGAGUUCAGAUCGGGCCUGGGCAGCGCACGCAAAGACGUGCCUCCCUCCCCGCUGUCGCUCCAUGACAGGUACAGCUCUCCAGCGGCAGGCAGCGCUAAGCGGCGUCUCUUCGGCGAUGAUUCUCCGGCGCCGCUGACUGCGACCUUGAGCCCGAUGUCGAUGUCGUCGCCCGCCAAACGCCUGACGUUCACCUCCAGCAGCACCCUGAGGAUCGGAGGUCAGGGCGGGGGGGGCACCGUGCUCAGCAUCCCUCUGCAAGGGCUGAAUAACGACCGCACCAUCACACUGAUCCCAGUUCAGCCAUGUGAUUCCUCCGGUACGAUCACCGCUCAGUUCCUGCUCACCACCUCCCCGAGUCGCCCCCCUCCUCCCCCUCCCAUGACCUCUGACCCCCCGGCGACAGGAAGCGGACGCCCGCGGCGCACCGGCUCCCUCGCGCUGUUCUUCAGGAAGGUGUAUCACCUUGCCAGUGUGCGUCUGAGGGAUCUGUGUGUGAAGAUGGACGUGUCGUCGGAGCUGCGGGGGAAAAUCUGGACGUGUUUCGAACACGCUUUGGUUCACUGCACGGCUCUGAUGAAGGACCGACAUCUCGACCAGCUGAUGCUCUGCUGCGUGUACAUCAUAUCCAAAAUCACCAAAGAGACUCACACCUUCCACGACAUCAUGAAGUGUUACCGCGGCCAACCACAGGCCAGCAGCCAUGUGUACCGCAGUGUGUUACUGCGUCACACUCUCAGAGAGCAGGUGACGGACGAGAACAUGGAGGUGGAUCCUGUCUCAGGAGGAGAAUCGGCAGAGAAGACCAAUCAGGCGUCAGGAGAAGUCAACGCCGACCAAUCAGGAGAGGAGGAACGCGGUGACCUCAUCCAGUUCUACAACAGCGUCUUCGUCCUGAAGAUGAAGAGCUUCGCGCUGAGAUACGCCGUCCAUGAUAACCGGGCGGACGCCCCCCCCCUCUCUCCGUUCCCCUCGGUCCGCGCUCAGCCUCUCUCCCCCCGCAGGGUUUCUCAGAGACACUCGCUCUACGUUUCUCCUCACAAGAACUCUACAGCCUGCCUCACACCGAACUCCUACACAUACAGGAUCAACAGCAGCCCCUCCAAGGAGUUGUCGGACAUUAACCGGAUGAUUCGUCAGGGGUCGGUCAGCAGGAAGAGAGCCUUCACCAUGGAGGGCGACGUGAUGAUGUCAUCAGCGUGCGACUCCCCCAGUAAGAGGGCGUGUCCGGAGAACAGCCCUGACGUCCUGCUGAAGCGCCUGCAGGUCGUCGUGUCCGAGCGACAGAGUCACUAACGAACAUGUUAAAACAUUAAAUGACAUUACAUUUAAUUAUAGAAUCAUCCCCACUUUAAAAAGCUUAACGUACGUGAUGAAUCUAGACAUUAGGAGUGUUUAAUUUAUCAUUAAUGAGGCUUACAUUUGACUUUUUUGUAAUAUAUUAUGACCUGAGGGUUAUAGAACGUGAGCAGAGAAAGAUGGCAGAAUUCAUACCAUUUGGUUUGAUCAAAAAUAAUCAUACUAAACGUUUGAUUAGACACCAUGAGUAAUAUCUGAAAGGUGAUAUUUGAGCAACAUCAGGAAUCAGAACAAACUGAGACACUGGUUUUGAUCUUUCGUCUGAAAAAAAGUCUAUUUUUCAGGGUUUCUUGACCCUCAAAUACAUCUGAACACCUCGAUGUUAGAGUGUGUGAAUUCACAGGUGUUUUAGUGAUUGGUAAGCAGGUGUUCAGGUGUGUGUGUGGUUACUCUAGGGAAUCUUACAGGAUAGUAAUCUAAAAUGUAACCGUAUUGGGCUGAAGAUACGGAAGUUUUCACAAAUAUGUGUUUAAUUAUUAAAAGAUCAGACCUUUACUCAAAUUGAUAUCUUUAUUGGCAUCAUGAUUUACAGAUCUUAUCCAGCUGUGUUUUCUGACCACACAAAUAAACAUAAACAAUAUUAACAAACAUUUUAAAUGUUCUUCACAAACAGAAGCUCGUCGUUCUUCUCGUCAGGUCAAAAUAUAUUUAGGAAGAUUAUCGUGUAAAUAGUUUUCUGACAAUUCAAGCGCUAUUGUACAUUUUCUGGCAUUCAACUCGUCUUCCAGAGGUCUCUACUUUUUAUAGAGAUUGUACUGGGAAAUUAAUCUUAUAUUAAUUACCGUUAAUUAAAAAAAUAUGCUGUUCUUAAGCUUUUAAUGUUGUAUAUUGCUGUAAAGAAAGGUAGAAAAGUCCAUGGAGUGUGUGGUAUCUACACAUUAAAAAAAGCAACCUGACAUUUUAUAUGUGCUUUUGUUUAUUCAUUGUUUUGCUAAAAGCACAUUAGCAAAGGUGAAAAACUAACCACAUGUUAAAUACAAAAUAAAAGUGUUGAUAUUUGCUCCCAGACAGUUGAUAGCUAAAAUCAUGUGAAUGUGUGAACAGGGAAUCAUUUUGUCAUUUCCCCAAACUCUUUUAAAGGAAAUGUGCAUUUUCCAGGUGUUUUGUAAAAUAAAAUGUACUUUGAUCACUAAA